AUGACCAACUACCAGGUGGAAAUUUUACCCGGUCCUUUGCUUUCGCUUGGUGAAGGCCCACACUGGGAUAUAGCGAGCCAAAGUCUAUACUACGUUUGUCUGUUGAGUGGCUCCUUGCAUCGGUACGCUUUUAAGGACAACCGAACAUACUCAGCCAAUAUUCCUGGAAUUACGCACGUGUCAUUCAUCAUUCCCGUUAAGGGAAAGUCAGAGGAAUUUGUGAUUGGCAGUCGGACUCGGUUGAUUCUGGUGAAAUGGGAUGGAUUGUCUACAAGUGCAUCCGAACUACGGACACUUUGUGCCCUGGGGGAGGCGGACGCACAACAGCAGUUCAACGAUGGAAAAGUAAAUCCACAGGGACAACUGUACGCUGGCACCAUGCUUAGUGAUUCCGCUGCGAAUCCAUCCGGCAUGGGAACCGGUAAACUGUACCGGUUUGAUGCUGGAUCCGAUGGAUCCGAAGGUGGCACACUAUCGGAACUCAUAAAUGGGGUGCACAUUUCCAACGGCCUCACCUGGUGCAAGGCGACAAACAAAUUCUACUAUAUUGAUUCGUUUGCUUUCGAUAUCAAAGAGUACGACACCGAUGGCCGAGGCAAUCUAAGUGACAACGGGCGAGUGCUUAUCAAAAUCAAAAGUGACGAAGCAGCUACUGAAUUUAUGGCCGAUGGUAUGACGAGUGACGUCGACGGUAACUUAUAUGUAGCGCUAUUCGCUGGAUCGAAAGUUUUGAAAAUAAAUCCAAUCACCGCUACUGUGGAACAGGAAAUUCAACUUCCGGUAGCGCAGCUUACGUCGGUCGCUUUUGGAGGUCCCAACCUUGACCUGUUGUUCGUUACAAGUGCCGCCAAAGAGUUGACCGGACCUCAGGCGGAAAACGCUGGAGCAGUGUUCAAAAUUACCGGACUGGGCGUUAAAGGAAAACCAAUGAAUGAAAUUGAACUGUAG